AUGGAGGGGGCCAAAAGAGCGGCCGCCGUUGCCGCCCUGUGCAUGCUCAUCCUCCUCACGCUGGCAAAGCCAUCCCAUCAGCAGCUCUCCGACGCUGUCUGCGAGUGCUACCGGCAGUGCUACUCCGGGUGCAAGGACAUCACCUGGCCGCGGGUCUGCAAGGUCGAGUGCGCCGGCGGCUGUGGCGGUGCUAACGGCUACGACAAGGUUGGCUCCUGCAUGAUCGCCUGCAGCAUGGACCCCGUCUGCGGCCUGUCAACUGCCCCCCUCGAUCCAGCUGACGUUGUGGCUUGUAACAAUGAGUGCAAAAAGAGGUGGGGUGGCCAUGGACACGCCAACUAACAAAGAUUUGAAGAGCUUGUACAUCUUUAAAAAAGUAACAAAGAUUUGAAGAGCUUGUGCAUCUUUAAAUAAGUCAUGAAGAUUUGAAGAGCCGGUCGGUCAUGGGAUGGUAUGAUGUCAAGCAGUUGGGAUUGCUGCACCAAUCAAUAAAAUGUGUUUCACUUCGGUGCACCACUUGUAAGAAUGUUUGUGUAUCUCAAAGUCAAAGUAAAUUAGCUUAUUGAUGCA